AACGCUCGGUGCACCAGAGUCUGAGGUCACCAUCCCCGCCGGAGGAGCUUAGUCGAGAACUGACUCUUUCAGUCUACCAGCUAUAUCAAUAUGGCUAGGCUUUCAGUUUAUCCUCUCUUUGGUAUUUUAGUCGUCUUCUUCCUUCAAGCUGUAGACAGUGCCGCUACCUGUGGGUAUGAGAGCUGUAAUGCAGUGAAGGAAGGGAUGAUCAAUGUCCAUCUGGUACCCCACACACAUGAUGACGUAGGCUGGCUAAAGACGGUCGACCAAUACUUCUAUGGAGACAAGUCCGACAUUCAGCGUGCUGGAGUACAGUACAUUUUAGACGCAGUCAUACCAGAGCUCAUCAAAGAUCCCAACAAGAGGUUUAUCUACGUAGAGAUGGCGUUCUUCGCUAGGUGGUGGCGACAGCAGGGUGACAGCAUGCGUCAUACCGUCAAACGUCUCGUCAACCAGGGUCAGCUGGAGUUUAUCCUUGGUGGUUGGUGUAUGAAUGACGAGGCCUCCACUCACUAUAACGCCAUCAUAGACCAACACACCCUCGGAUUCGAGUUCCUCAGACAUAACUUUGGGGAUUGUGGUCGACCCCGAGUCGCAUGGCAGAUCGACCCCUUCGGCCACUCUCGGGAACAGGCCUCACUGUUUGCUCAGAUGGGAUUUGACGGAUUAUUCUUUGGACGCCUGGACUACCAAGAUAAGUUUGUGAGGGCCAUAUCCAAGACCAUGGAGAUGGUGUGGAAGGGGAGCCCUUCAAAUCUAAAAAAGACUUCGGAUUUAUUCACUGGUGCCUUGUUUAGAGGGUACGGCCCCCCUAAAGGGUUCUGCUUUGAUCUUCUGUGUUCCGAUGAUCCCAUAAUGGACGAUGACCGCAUGCAAGACUACAAUGUACCACAAAAGGUAGAAAUGUUCGUGAACGCCUCCAAGGAAUGGGCCCUCGCAUAUGCCACAAAACAUGUACUCAUGCCUAUGGGAAGUGACUUCAACUAUCAGAGCGCGAAUGCCUGGUUCAAGAAUCUUGACAAGCUGAUAAAACAUGUCAACAAACAGUCAAACACAUCGAAAGUGAACGUGCUGUACUCCACCCCCUCGUGUUACCUGUCCAGCCUCAAUAAGGCGGGCAUUCGUUGGCCUACAAAAGAGGACGAUUUCUUCCCGUAUGCUCAUCGCGCUCACAGUUUCUGGACAGGCUACUUCUCCAGUCGUCCAGCGCUCAAGGAGUACGUCAGGCGAACAAACAACUUCUUACAGGUGUGUAAGCAAAUGGACGCCAUUGCUAUGCUUCGUGACACCGACAACAGCACUUACGAAAUCCAGAUUCUCAAGGAAGCGAUGGGAGUUGCUCAACAUCAUGAUGCUGUUUCUGGAACAGAAAAGCAGCCAGUUGCCUAUGACUAUGCACAGAGGCUAGCACGUGGUGUUGCAGAGUGUCAGAAAGUUGUCAACGACGCAUUUGGCAAACUAAGUCCAUUCAAUACAUCAGUGUCACCUCCAGGUCAGCAGUUCUGUAACUCACUGAACAUCAGCGUUUGUGGACUGACGGAAAACUACAAGCAGUUUACAUUGACGGUGUAUAAUCCCCUAGGACAAGCUGUUACAUCAUGGGUCCGGAUCCCUGUGGUUGGUAAAGCAUAUGAAGUAAAGGGGCAUGAUGACAGCAGUGUUCCCUCACAGGUAAUACCUUUGACCAAGGAUACAAAACGUAUUCCAGAAAGGCAAGGAUCUAUCGCUCAGAAUGAACUGGUGUUCAAAACAAGUGUCCCCGCUCUUGGAUUCAGUGUCUACUUCAUUAAAAAGAGUAACAAGGCACGAGUAAAGUUUGCACAAACUACCAGCAAAAAGAGGUUGAUAAAGAACAAAGAAGGUACGGAUACAGUCUUGAAAAAUGAGCACGUCAGCCUGACAUUCGAUGGCACCAAUGGGCGUCUGAAGAGAAUGCGAAACCUCAACAGUGAUAUAGAGAUAGGCCUGCAACAAGGCUUUUACUGCUACCAAGGGCAUACAGGCAACAACACCGAAGACAUCUUUCAGGCAUCAGGUGCAUACGUUUUUAGGCCAAACAGUACAAAAGCAUUCAAAAGCAAGCAAUUUGAGAAGUCCUACGUGAGAGAGGGGAGGGUUGUUCAGGAAGUACACCAAACUUUCUCUCCAUGGGUAACACAAGUUAUCCGUCUGUAUGAGGGUGAGAUGCAUGCCGAGUUCGAGUGGACAGUCGGGCCAAUUCCAAUUGCUGACGGUGUUGGAAAGGAGGUGGCAUCUGCGUUCCUUUCCACGCUGGACACAAAGGGAUCCUUUUACACUGAUGCUAAUGGCCGGGAGAUCCUAAAACGACAACGGAAUGAGCGAGCCACUUGGCUUUUGAAACAGACGGAACCCAUUGCUGGAAACUUCUAUCCUGUUAACAGCCGCAUUUAUGUGAAGGACGAGGCGCUGGGUAUCCAGUUGACGGUUCUUACCGAUAGGAGUCAGGGAGGCAGUAGCAUCAUCGAUGGAGGUAUUCAACUGAUGGUACACCGGAGACUGUUGUAUGAUGAUGGACUCGGUGUCGGAGAACCCCUUAAUGAGACGGGUCUUGACCAUAAAGGGCUAGUCGUCAGAGGUAAACAUUACGUCUUCCUUGGAGGAUUCGAGGAAUCGGCUGCAUUUCACCGCAAAAUGGCGCUGCGUUUGUAUAUGGCACCCUCACUGUCGUUCAUUCCUUAUGUUAUGAAGUAUACCAACUGGACCAAGUACUUUCAAACACAGUGGUCAGGCAUUAAUUAUACCCUACCUGCCAAUGUACACUUGCUGACACUCGAGCAAUGGGGAGGGCCGGGCGCUGUCCCCUCCUCGUCACAACCCUAUAUCAUACGACUGGAGCAUAUAUUUGAGAACGGUGAACAUUCACAGUUAUCGAAGGAUGCAACAGUCAACCUCCAGGGUCUGUUUGUGACAUUCACUGUGGAUUCGGUGACAGAAUUAACGCUGGGAGCUAAUAUGGCUUUGUCGGAUCUUCACAGACUUCAGUGGAACACGACCGACGUCAACAUGAAUGACGCUCCAGUGUUACCAACGGACCAAACAGACAGUCUUGUUGUCAAACUAACGCCAAUGCAGAUCCGGACAUACCAAGUACAGAUCAAAAGUAGGACUUGAUGUCAUUUAUCACCACAAGUUGCACCAUUAUGUUGACAUUGCAAUUUGAAAUAUUUCUAGCAGACAUGGUCGCCAGAAACAUUUAGCGUGUAUUGAGUGAAUUAAAAUAGACAAAGCACAUAUUUGUAAUCUCCUUUUACUUUUCUCUUGACAUAUUAAUAAACUUUAUAUAAUACUACUAA